AUGGAUCACCUGGUGCUUUUGCUGUUGCUGUUGAGCUCAGGACUGCAGAUAGAAGGAGAACAAAACACAGAGACUGUCAGGUUGGUGAGAGGAGACAAUCGCUGUGCAGGAACACUGGAGCUGAAACAUCAGGGAGACUGGAGACCAGAUCUCACCUGUUCAGACUCUGUCAGGCUGGUGAAUGGGACUAGUCUGUGUUCAGGAAGACUGGAGGUGAAGUCUGACCAGUCUAACCAGCGGUGGUCCUCAGUGUGUGAAGCUGACUUUGACAAGCAGGAUGCAGAGGUGGUCUGUAGGGAGCUCGGCUGUGGGGCUCCUUCAGUCCUCAAGGGGGCGCUCUAUGGAGAAGUGGAGGCUCCAAUGUGGACCAAAGAGUUCCAGUGUGGAGGCAAUGAGUCUGCUCUCCUGGACUGUAGAAGCUCAGGCUCAGCUAGAAACACCUGCUUACCUGGAAAAGCUGUUGGACUCACCUGCUCAGAGCCUGUCAGGUUAGUGGGAGGAGACAGUCGCUGUGCAGGAACACUGGAGCUGAAGCAGGGAGACUGGAGACCAGCGUUUGGCUAUGGCUGGACCCUGAAGGCGGCAGCCGAUGUCUGCAGAGAACUGGAUUGUGGCUCUCCUGUUUCUGUUGGACGGAGAAAGGAAUCCUCAGACAGACCUUUGUGGUGGAUCACCUCUGAGUGUAUUCAUUCUGGAUCCGCUCUCAGGGACUGUGUAACAUCAGAUUCCUAUUCCUACAUCCUGGAUCUCACCUGUUCCGACUCUGUCAGGCUGGUGGAUGGGACUAGUCUGUGCUCAGGCAGACUGGAGGUGAAGUCUGACCAGUCUAACCAGUGGUGGUCCUCAGUGUGUGAAGCUGACUUUGACCAGCAGGAUGCAGAGGUGGUCUGUAGGGAGCUCGGCUGUGGGGCUCCUUCAGUCCUCAAGGGGGCGCUCUAUGGAGAAGUGGAGGCUCCAAUGUGGACCAAAGAGUUCCAGUGUGGAGGCAAUGAGUCUGCUCUUCUGGACUGUAGAAGCUCAGGCUCAGCUAGAAACACCUGCUCACCUGGAAAAGCUGUUGGACUCACCUGCUCAGAGUCUGUCAGGUUGGUGGGAGGAGGCAGUCGCUGUGCAGGAACACUGGAGCUGAAAUAUCAGGGAGACUGGAGACCAGCGAUUGGCUCUGGCUGGACCCUGAAGGAAGCAGCUGAUGUCUGCAGAGGACUGGACUGUGGCUCUGCUGUUUCUGUAGAACAGAGAGAGUCAUCAGACAGACCUGUAUGGGAUAUGUGGUCUUACUGUGUUCAGUCUGGAUCUGCUCUGAGGGACUGCAUAACAUCAGGGUCCUCUUCCUACAUCCUGGAUCUCACCUGUUCAGGCCUGCAGGGGGCAGAAGCCGGGCAUUGAGCUGGAUGAUAACCUGGGUGUUCCUGCAGCUGGAGGAGGGCCGACUGAAGAGGAAGGUGCUCAGGGAGCAGAGUAGGACCUCCAAGGAGCUCCUCUCACAUGGAUUUCACAGCUGACUGACAACCAUCAGCUCAGUCGAGGAUUUUACAUUUUUAUACUCAUGUCUGAAAUUAUUAUAUAACAUUAUAUCUGUAUUACUCUGAAGAUGAAAAGACCAAAAACAACAACAUGUUACCCUGUCUCUCAAUACUUUCUGACUUCCUGUCUGUGGCUCUCAGCUCCAACCCUGUUUGUUCCUACUGAAGACGUAAAUCUUAAAAAACCUCACAAAUAUAGUUUCAUUAGAAAACUAGACUUGAAAGCAGGAAUACUGAGAUCCAAAUACCACCAACCAUCAAAACCAAAGACACACUGACCCAGGCUGGCUGGGAAUUUGGGAGUGUUGGUAAUUGUGGAACAAUGUUGGCCAAGUAAUGUUAAAUAUUAAAUUAAAAUAAAAGUGAAAUGAAGUCAAAUCCACUUAAUCUGGUGUUACAAUACUCGAUCAAAUUAAGUGACAUUUGAACAAUUGAAUCCUGAGAUAAGAGGAAAAACUUCAGGACGACCUGCUGUCGUAUUUGUAGAUCUGGAGCACAGCCAGGGUUGGUGCAACAAAUCUGCUUCCCUUUUUCUGAAUCUGUUUAAAAAGAUUGCAGUGAAUGAUGUAAGUCAUGUAGUUAGCAGACAAAGUACAAUGUCAGAAAGUCAGCAGCUGUUUGACACCAAUGUCGCCUUGUUAGUGAGAUGUGAACUUUAUAACUUUAUUUAGAUCACUGUAAUGAUGUAUCACUGCCAUCUACUAUGUUAAAAAAUAAAUAAAAGCAGUUUCAUAAACA